ACGUCGCAAUGUUGUACGUCACAAUUUCCGACGCACGCUGCUAGUUAGAUGUUUAGGAGUUAGCGGCUAGCACUGGAUAUAGCAAUUGUUCACAUGGCGAACGGAUGCGAAGAAGUGCUUUUUACGCGCGGAACUGGACAGAGUGAUGAUUCAGACAUCUGGGAUGACACCGCACUGAUAAAGGCUUAUGACAAGGCAGUUGCAUCUUUCAAGACUGCCCUUAAGGGUGAAGAUGAGCCACAAGUCUCAAAGAAAAACCAACCAGGAAAGAAACGCAAGAACAACAAGAAGAACCAGAGUAGGAAAAGAAACAAUGCACCACCAGAAAAAGAGUGGCAGGUUGGGGACUCAUGCAGUGCUUACUGGUCCGAGGAUGGCCAGCUCUAUGCAGCCACGAUUGCCUCCAUAGACAAGAAGAGAGGCACUUGUAUAGUUGUUUAUACAGGCUAUGGCAACGAGGAGGAGCAGAAUCUUGAAGACCUGCUGUCAGAGUUUUCGGAGGGUGAUGAGGAAUCAAAUACCAAGGUGCAUGAAGUAGAAUCUUCAACAGAGGAGAGUGACAGGUCAGCUACUCCAAACCAGCACAAACAGUCACCUAAUAAGGGCCACAAGUCCAAGACCCACAAAGAAUCACCUCCUAUGUGGGCUCCUGGUUUUCCUGGAUUUCCUCCAGUACCACCUCCCAUGCGUGCUUUCAGACAGGGGAGCAGCAAGCGAUCUGGUAGUCACGGGCCUGUACCUCCUCCAUGGCCUCCCAUGAUGCCUUUUGGUCCACCGAUGGUUCCUCCACCUCCACCGAUGAGCCCUGACAUGGUGGAUGAUGAAGCCUUGGGCAGCAUGCUCAUCUCCUGGUAUAUGAGUGGAUAUCACACAGGAUACUAUCUGGGGCUGAAACAAGGGCGCAAAGAAGCUUCCAACUGGACAAAACAGCAUCACAAAUGAAGCCCUGCUUGUUAUGUCUGUUUGUUCAUAUGAAGUGAUGGAAGAAAGUUUUGUAUUCUUUGUAAAUAGAUGAAAUAAAGACUAUGAGAACACA